AGAGCCCUCAACCCAAAGAGGCUCGUUGCUCGUUUGAGAAGUCGAAAGGUUUACCCAGGAGACGGAAAAGCCGGAAAAAGAUACGAGAAAUGCCUGCAAAGGAAAAACUUGAAGGCAAAGCUAAAGCCGGGAGUAUACUGGGGGAUACAGGAUCUGUGGCAACCGCGACUAUGGUUCGGUGCCAAAUGCCGCCGCGCGCCUGCAAGAGCAAGAGCCAGAGCGCCGCCAGGCCCAGUCUUAGUCCCAGCCGCCUGGCCAAGAAGCCCAGCCUGACGCCGACCACCGGUUCUCAGGCGCCAUCGCAGACCAUCGCAAAGUCGAGGCCCACCGGUCUCGAGACGAUUUUUGAACGGCCCGGCAAUGAGGACGACGGGCCCACCAGCAGCCAUGCCGUGGCAUUCGGCGAGUGCCAACGCCGCGUCCUCGCCCUGGGUACGGGCGAAAAAAAAAGAAUCCUGUCGCAGAAGAGCUGCCUGAAGGUGCGCAACACCUUGGGCGAACGCAGCACCCGGCACAUGAUGACACUGCGGGCGUCCCGCACUACUUUGGACAGCGUAAUGCUCGGGGGCUCGGACGAUGAAGGCGAGUCGGUCGAGUCGCUCCCGCAGUCGCUCCCGUAGCUGCUCCCGAAGUCGUUCCCGCUGGAGGAAAUGCCGGUACAAAUCAGCCGGCACCAUUCGUGCUGCGCACCAGCAGGAGGCUCAAGAGUCUGCCUCCUCAAUUGUGAACCCCAAAGCGAGCGAUUGAUACGAUACACUCACGAGUACUCAUGCCCAAGCCCGAGUACUCUGUCCAGCAUCCACAUCGGGGAAUCAACAUAAAUGGGUGGCUCCGCGGACGGUGUUCCAGCAGUCGCGCUUGGGCGGUCCGAGUGAGCAGUAACGGAUCUUCUGCAGAAAUCAGUGCAUAGAUACAGUAUCUGAAGGAUCAAAGUGUUGAAAAUCAAUUAAAAGAUGGACGAGGCUUCUGGCACGACGACAACCGAUGGCAAGUCCCUGGAUGAGGCGCCGGUGGCCGCAGGACUGGAGCCCACACAGCCGAUCGGC